UCCAGUCGCCUCUCAGCCGUCGGACAGACACACAGUUAGUUAGAACACCUGUCAGAAAAAGUUUCUCUGUCCUUGGCUGGCAGCCUGUCUCGGAGUAAAAACCUCGACAUUGCGUCUUUACGCACGGAGCAUCCCGGUCUGUACCCCCUUCCCCUCACUCCCCCCCCCUCCCUACCUAAACCUAACCCUGAACCAAACCACGGAGGAUUCUAACCGCAGGGGAAACAGCUGUCCACACCGGCAGCAGAGCCCUCUAUCUACCUGUGUGUGUGUGUGUCCCAGUGUGUCACUCACCGACCGCAGCCGGAGCGAUGGACGACGACAUCCUCUCCAACCUGCCGCUCGGAGACCCGGAGGCUGUGAACGCCACCGGGCAGGAACCCCCCGAUUGGUGGGAGUCCUCCGACUCCGCGGAGUCGGUGCACUUCGCCGUGCGCUGCGUCAUGACCUCGGUGUACACGGGCAUCGUGAGCGUGGGGCUGCUGGGAAACAUCACGCUGGUGAAGAUCUUCGUGACGAACAGCGCCAUGCGCAGCGUGCCUAACAUCUUCAUCUCCAGCCUGGCGGCGGGAGACCUGCUGCUGCUCGUCACCUGCGUGCCCGUGGACGCCUUCCGCUACUUCUCCGAGGAGUGGGUGUUCGGCGAGGCGGCGUGCAAACUCAUCCCCGUCAUCCAGCUCACUUCGGUCGGCGUGUCCGUGUUCACGCUCACGGCGCUCAGCGCCGACAGGUACAAGGCGAUAGUGAACCCGAUGGACAUCCAGAAGUCCAGCGCUGUCUUCUGGACGUGUCUGAAGGCCGUUUCUAUCUGGCUGCUGUCCAUCCUGCUGGCAGUUCCUGAGGCCAUUUUCUCCCAAGUUGUCAACAUGCAGGGCCAGAGGGACAACACUAACGUCACCUUUGUGAACUGCGUGCCCUACCCGCUGUCCAAUCAGAUGCAUCCCAAGAUUCACUCUGUGAUGAUCUUCCUGGUUUACUUCCUGAUCCCUCUGACCAUCAUCUCGGUGUAUUAUUACCACAUCGCUCGCACGCUCAUCAAGAGCGCCCACGACAUGCCGGGCGAGGUCAGCGAACACACCAAGAGACAGAUGGAGACGAGGAAGCGUCUGGCCAAGAUCGUGUUGGUGUUCGUUGGCCUGUUCGCCCUGUGCUGGUUCCCCAACCAUGUGCUCUACAUGUACCGCUCCUUCCACUACCACGAGAUGGAUCUGUCGCUGGCUCACCUCGUCAUCACCCUGCUGGCCAGAGUCCUCAGCUUCUCCUCAUCCUGCGUCAACCCCUUUGCCCUCUACCUGCUCAGCGAGAGCUUCCGCAGACACUUCAACAGUCAGCUGCGAUGUGGUCGAGGUCCCCGCCCCGAGCGCCAGGCCAGCUACCUGCAUAGCACCUCCCACAUCCGUCUCACCUCCAUCAAGAAGCCUGCGCACAACGCCGCUCCGGCAGCCAAUGGCAACUCCAAUAGACAGGAAGUGGCUCUGUGAAGUGGGAGGCUGCGUUAUCAUCAACUUUACCUCAUCCUGGGACUUCUGCAAACAUUAUGACUCAUACAGCUCUGAGACCAGGAGAGGUAUUUGUGUGGAUGGAUAGAGGAAACUCUACAGGCCUUGUUCCUGAUGAAUGAUUGUACCAAUUGCUCCUGGACUUCAUCAUCUACAUCCUGAACUUGGCAACCAAACAAAAUGUGCCUCUUGGAAAUACAAAUUCAGACAUCAAAGGGGAUGGCAAAAUCCCAAACUAAAAAUAGUUAUUUUCUACAGCCACAAUGUUUGCUAGGAGUAUAUAUCUUAAAGUUACAAAAAAGUUAAAACUGCAAGGAAAGGUUUAACAAACUACAAGAAUAAGAGGACAGUCUUGUUGACAGCAUGGUUACCAAAAUAGCAUGUCUGCUGUGAAAGCUUGUUUCGCUGUUGCUGGAAUGCUCAUUAUCGAUUGAUCUAAAAAGCCAUUUUCAUCUAUUUGGUGACACUGCAUUGAUCCAGGGAGAGAGGGAGGAUUCUGGUCUUUUUGUCUACUGUUUCUUGAUUCUUGAUAAGGAGGGUCAGAGACCCCAGAGACAUAAGCGAGUCCAUGUCUUAUCCAAGGAUAUUUCAGAGAAUAUUGUGAUCUUUGGAGGUUUAAACAUUUGACUCUCUCUGAACUCAAGCUAUACGACUAUUUUGGAGAUGAUUGCAAUGGAUUUGUAGCAGAUAAAAACUACCCAAAGCCUUGUAAACCAAAAUAUCUCCCUGU